CUGGGACAAGUCCAGGCCAGAAACCGAAGCCCAAAAACCAAAAGAAACUCAACUCAGAACAAACAAGUCGACAGAUCGAGGACAGACAAGACGAGAAGACGCAAGAGCACCGAACAGCGAAACUUUGAUUGACAUUUCAAUUAAAUUAUAGACAAAAAGUCGUUGGCAAAGUCGAUUACGAUUACGAUUGCGAUUGCGAUUGCCGCUGACACGAUGUUUCGAGUGCAAAAAGUUCUGCUCACCGAAUACCAAGAGAUCUACGAGCCGGUAAUGGUGGAGAGUCCCUUCACACUGGUCGAUGCCCAUGGCGUGGGCCUGCGCCAGUACCAAAUCGCUCUGACGGGCACCAAGCUGCUCUUCGGCUGCGACAACUUCGACCGGGACGAGGAGCUCUAUGGAGAGCCGAGCUGGUAUUGCGGCCUGGGCCAGGAUCCGGAGAUCGAGUGCUUCGAUCUGAUCAGCAUGGUGCCGCUCGAGUAUAUACGCUUCAAUUUCUAUCGGAAGCGCGAGCGCUGCCUCAUGAUGCUCAGCGUGCAGCCGAUGGAUCCGCAGCUGAGGGCGGAGCGUCCCAUGAUCUUCGAGUUUGGCGGUCACAUACACAAGCAGUACUUCUGGCACACCUGGCGCGAGCGCGUCUCGGCCAUACGCGGCUAUCAGUCCCGCUUCAGCCAGAUCACCGGCGCCUCGCCCUUCUCCAGCACCGAUGUGCAGGCGGACGAGGUGCAGCACCACGCGCUGGUGCAUCUGCCCCACCGGCCGCGAUCCAUCUACAGCGUCUGCUACAGCUCUGCCGGUGGCGCCUAGGGUCAAAUGGCGACGAACUCACAGACACACACAUGCACACACACACACAGCGACACUCACUGCAUGCAUAUUUUAUAGCUGGCUAAGCCGGUUAGCCGACAGCAGCCCUGAGCAGCUGUUGCACACAACUGCCAAUUUGUUGGCCAACUACUUCGCAGUCGUUUAUUUAUUUAUGGCAGAAAACAGCAACAAGAAGAAGAAGAUGAACAAAAAAUUAGCCUUGCUGGCCUCAAGACGCGUGAAAUUAAAGCCGAGUCGCAUUUGUUGCUCGCUUA